CAAUAUUGACCGACAUACCAUUCAACAUGGCCACGGCCACUGGAAAGCCCAAGUAAGUACUCUCCACGACCAGAAUACUGUCAUUCCUGGAUUUCUAAAAAAUUUAGCAGAACCUCCAGUUUAAGGACUUACUCUAAGCGCGUCAAGACCAGCUCCGAGCUCCCGCCAAACAAGAAGAUACGCGUCGACGACCCUCCGAAUAAUGACAAUGAACCAUACGCAAGCAUUGUUUCAUCUCCUGUUUUGAAGGAGACUCGAGAGACGCGCAUAAAUAUAUCUUCGAACCAACCAAAGCCCAUCGCAGAAGACGCCGAUGCGCAACUGCCCCCUCCGAAGCCAGCUCCUCGGUCGAGCAUUCGAAGCUACUUCAAACCUGUUAGCCAACAACCAGUUCGUGACUCGAGUAUAUCGACUUUUAAAUCUUCCGACACGAUCGAAGCACCCACACCUGUAUCCCCCCCUUCGUCGCCGCCAGCCUCCCCAUCUGCCAUACCCCCUAUCUCAGAAUCGAGAAGACCGCGUAAAAAGUCUCGACGAAGACUUACGACACGAAACACGGGCUCUUUCGAAAAAGAUAUUUCCGAUAAAGACGGCCAAAGAGCGACAGAGAAAACUGCUCAUGAGAUAGUUGGAAAUGGGGAAGUAGGUACUACCAAGAAGAAGCGUGCCAAGGCGAAUCUACAACAAACCCAAAUAGACUUGGGCCAGGAUACAAUUUUACUUUGCCCGAAAUGCGGCAUGAUAUUUAACGUCACCAGCUUAGACGACAAAAAACUACACGAUAAGCACUGUAGUGCAAAGCUUGUGUCAACGACUUCGGAAAGGAAGUCUAACAAAAGCGAGAAGGAGUUCAUUUGGGAAAAGAACAUUGGAGACGCCGCGCAUAGAAUUUGUGUCAUCACAACAAGUUCGAGUAAGGAGGCAAAGAAUAAUGCCGUUAAGGUUCUCGACUUUACUCACGAGCAGAUGGGAGGGUAUCAAUAUGAGUUGUCAGAACUAUGGUCACAAAUACCGGAUCCCAAAGAUGCUUCGAAAUUAGUUCCACGCUUCAAGCUUUACGUCUACUACAUCGGGUCUCAUGUUGUUGGAGCUAUUCUGACUGAGGCUUACAGAGACGGGAUACAAAUCUGGGGGGGCCAAUCGAGAAAUGACGAGAAAGUAGUUGUGUUGGAUCGAAUUUGGGUAGACACCGACCAUCGCCAUCGUGGUUAUGCUCGGCAGCUGGCCGACACCGUUCGACAAGACUUUGAAAAAGGGCGCGAAAUAUCAAAGGACGAAGUUGGAACAUCUGAGCUUACGGAGUUUGGCAAGGCUUGGGCUAAAGCGUAUUUUGGAGUAUGAUGUGUUGAUUUGGAGUUGUCGAGUUCGGAUGAUACCCUGGGAGUGUAAUUGCGGAUUUGGAUAUUGCUUUUGCAUAUACGCUUCUGCUUCUUGGUAAAAUAGCAUUCAAUCACAGAUGUUCUCUGUAUCGAAAGGGGGAAGUGGCUCAGUUAUUGUGUAU